CCUGAGAAAAGCCACUCCUUUCCCAGAACACAUUAGAGAUGGUUGCAAAGCGGAGGCCAGAAAUAUGCAUUGAAACCCUAUUUAUUUUAAACCCUAUUUUAAUAUUUACAGCGCUUUUGACUUUGAAUCUGGUUUUGUUUUGGGAAAUUUGGAGAUAAAGGAGUUUACGUUGAUUUGUAUCAUAUGCUGCUUUCGGUUUAAAACGUACAAAUUCGCGGCGGCAGCUUCAGAGUAGUACUUUGGUAUUUUCUUUGUGACCCACAUCCAGAAUAAAAGAUGUGGUCUAUGGGCGUCAGCAUCUUCUUUCUGUUCUGCUAUGUUUAUCUUUCAUCUGGCAAUGGCAAAGUGCGUUUUGUCUCUAGGAACUUUUACAACAUACUCCAGUGGGACCCUGUGGAGCAUGCAUCCCCUGGGGAAGAGGUCCUCUAUAGCAUCCAUUACUGGAGUGAUGCUAAGGAGGAAGCAAAACAGAUAAAAGAGGAGUGCCAGAACAUUACUUCUCUAUCCUGUAACCUGACUGCAGAAACCCCAUCAGUUCCUGACGUUCACUACUGGGCUCACGUGUUCUCUAACGGCAGCUUACUUUACCGCACCAACAGGUUUAAACCUAUAGCAGAAACUAUUUUGGGGCCACCGAUCUUGUCUAAAUACACAACAGUGUCAUCCCUGCAUGUUAAUGUCACCCUGCCCUUGGGGCCGAAAGGAGUCUCAGUUGCAGACAUCAUAUCCAGCAGCAAAAAUGGGCCUUCCAAAACUGUAAUUGUUUACACCUUACAUAUCACCUAUCCAGAGUGGGCUGCACUGGUUAAUAAAACCACAACUGGCCAGUUCAUCAUCAACUUGAAGAACAACCAAACAAAGUACUGUGGAUAUGUGGUCUACCAGCCAACGGCUGAAUGGGGUCGCCCCAGCAGUGAGAAUGCCUCCUUCUGCGUCACACUGCCAUACGACCCUCUGAUGCUUUUGCCAUGGGUUCUCGUGAGUGCUGCUAUUCUGACGGCCAUAAUCAUAAUGGCAGUUGUGUGUAUGUGCAACUAUGUGAAGGGUGGAAUGGAAAAGAGCAUGCCACAGCUAUUGAUAACAUCCAGCACCCAGCCAAAAGUGCUGCAGUCUCUAGACAGGAAUCUCAUCAUUUCCAAACCGGAGGUCUGUGUUGCACGUGACAAAACAAUUUACACAACAAUUCGAGUAAGGCCAAAUAUGCCUUCAAUUGGGUCUGGAGGUUAUUCCCCCCAGGACAUUCACUUGCUAGGCAGCACUGGCUCCUCUGUGGACACAAGUGCACACAGUGGGGCCUCAAAUCCAGAGGACACGAGCGCCCAGUCCUCUACAAUCUACAGUGUUGUGGCUGUCCAUGUCCCUGCUGAACAGAAUGAAGACUUUCAGCAGACAACCAAUGGCAACAGAGAAACCAGGAACCUCCUAUUGUCUUCUAGUAGAGAAAGCUGUGAUAAAGGUGGAGCGAGUCCAAACCUGACCUCAAAUGGAUUACAACCGUCACCUGAUCUGGAACCUUGUGAGAACAAUCCAGCCAGGGCACUGCUGUUGCAAACAGUGCGGGAUACCAAUGGCCAACUUGUGUUGCCUUUACACCCUUUUCAGUUACAGAGCAGCACAGAUGACACAGUAUCACUUCUUAAUCCAGAGAGAAAACCCCUUUUAUCUGACCUCAUAGAUUCUAAGAAGGACGGGCCAUUGUUUGCAUCCUUGCAGAGCUGCGACAGCUCAGAGUGGUCAGACUCAGGGUGUGAUGACAGCGCCGUGUGUUCACCAACCCAUCCCUACAGCAACAACCAUUAUUUCCAAACUCAACCAGUUGCGCCUUAUUUCCACCAGGAAUGUCAGAACACACCACCUGAUAAUGCCAUUUUUAAAUCAGGUUACAAACAAAACUGGAUGCCUGCAUCCCAAGACUCUUGCGAAUACAGAAAGACAAACUAUCCGUGGACCUGGACGGGUCCCAAAAAAGAGAAGGAAGAUGAAGACAGAGGAGGAGAGCAAAUUCUUCAAGGUUGGAUGAUACAAAUUCAAGAACAAUUCUCCUCUCUAUAAUGUCUAAGGCUUGCUUUUUCACAUUUGGUUUAUCAAAUAAUGUUAGAGCAGUUCCCUCUUUUAACAAAAGAGGAGAGGAAGUUGAUGGGAGCACUGACAGGGGCUUUAGUGCCAGUACAGAACUGAAUGGGUUUGCUGUCUGCUGGGUGUCUGAUGAUGCAGAGACACAUGUUUAAACUCUCCUUCAACAUAGUUUAUCCUCAAACAAGUCAUAUUUAACAUCUGGAACUUUAAAUAAAUUGUAUAUCAAUAUGUGAUCCAUUAUGCUUUGCUGCAAAUCUGGGUUUAUUUAUUAAUCCACAAUUGUAAAAUAUAAAAAAUAAGUAUCGACAGGCCAUUGUUGGCAUCCUAACUUGUGAGUUUAAAUAAGAAAUAAUUUUGUAUACAUUGUUUACAUUGUAAAACUUUCCUUUCGAAACAAUUAACCACAUUUUUACAAACAGAAAAUGUAUUUUAAAAGAUGUUAAAUUGUUGAAAGCUAAACCCAAAGUUUACAUCUAUCAUUACUGAUAUAAUCUACUCUGGACUUCCGUUGUCAUGUUUUAGUGUAGAUGAGGGAUGGGAAUGUAGCAACUACGAUACAAAGUUCAAAGUGUCCCUUAAUCCAAAUAUUUCAGUGUAUCUCAGUAUAUUAAACAUAAACUUGCUAUGAUUGUCUAAAAGUUGAGUUCAGACAGCUAGAAUCUUUUUGGUUUGCAUAAUGAAAAAACAAAUCAUAUCUGUCAUGUUGUAAGUGGUUUGAAAUGCAUUAAAUAUAUUUUUUAUAUUGAUUACUUUUUUCCAGUUCAACUCAGUCUGACCACUCAAAUCCGUUUAUAAGCAUUUUCUUUUUCAAAAGAGCUGCAAUCACACAGUAAGCCUGGGCAUUUGUGUGCCAUCACUAUAGCGUCUUAAUACACCCUUUUAAAGUACACAAACCCAAUCUGGUCAUUUUAAAAUUACAAUGUGGACAGUCAGCCUAAAAGAUUAGAUGUGAAAACAAACCCGAUUGCUUUGUGGCUGAACAAAGCAUUCAAUAAAGUCUGACACCUACUGUCACCCUUUAAGCUGUUUAAAAUGGGGUUGAAAUGGCUGAAUGUAUACUAGAAAUUAACAUAUUCAUAUUUUUACACUCACCAACAUAUUUAAGAAUUUUUAGUACAUAAAAAGAAACGUACAUAUCUCUGACUCACACAGGUCAUGAACUUCUUUUGAUAGUCUUAUUGUUUGCUUUUCUUUCAGGGAAAUAAAAUACAGUUUGUAAAGUUAAUAGAGAAGGUGGGGUCAUGGUGCAACCUAAACCAAACUGAUAACAGCAAGGUUUGCAAUAGCCUGAGCACAAUCUUUUAUACACAGUUGCAAAAUAAUGACGUCGGGUGUAUUGAAACAGUGUGACAGGAGUCACAUAUUGACACAUUGUAGAUGUACAAUACAGACUGUGUUGUACAUCUGUAUUGUGGACAAAAGUGUGCAGAUGGAAGGCAAAUAAAUGAAUAAAUAGUCUACAAAAUUACACCUUUGU